AUGAAUCUGCAGGAAUGGAUUGCUAGGUGGUUUACUUCCAAUGGUAACAAUGGGGAGUCUAAUAAAAAAUUUGUCCAAUUUAUUAGUUUCUCUAUGUGGCAAAUUUGGAAUCUUAGAUGUAAUGUGGAGUUUAACAGUGCCCAAGUGCAGGUUACUAAUCUGAUCAACCAGGUGCAUAAAGACAUUAGUGACUGGAAUGCAAACUCUGUGAGACUUUUGAAUAGUAGAAAUACUCCAAGUAACAGCAGAAUUGUAUCUCCAUGGAGUUUAACAGAUUUUGAGUUUCAGAAAUUCAAUUUUGAUGCUUAUUUCAUAAAAGAAAACAAACAUAUGGGUAUUGGACUAAUAAAUUUUAAUGAUGCAGGGAUCUGUGGGGGUGCACAGUCAAUCCAUGGAAUAGCUAAUGAUGAGGAGCAUGAUGAGGCUUUGGCAGCACUAGCAGCAAUUAGGUGGGAAAAAGCUGAAGCAGUGCAGAAACUACAUCUGGAAGGUGAUUUCCUGAAUGUAGUAAGUGCUAUCAAUGGUAGUUUAGGAUCUGUCAAAUGGACAAACAAUAAUGUAAUUCAGGAUUGUGGGAGUUUAUUAGAUAGUUUUUCAAGUUGGAAAUGCACUUUGUGCAUAAAGAGUCCAAUGAAGUAG